UCAGUGAUUGGAUUCCCUCCAUAACACCAUAACUUCCCCGCGUUGUUAUUGUCUUCUUUGACGCUCUAAUCCCAGAUAGACACGUCAAGAGUCAUUAGUGUGUUACAAACGAAUCCCUCAUACCCACGAAAUAUCAAAUGACGCUGGUGAACGUGGGAUAAAGUCUCUCAUGUCCUCUGUGACACCGAGUGAAGCAUAACCUGCUGAAUAGUCAUCACAGACUAAUUGUUAACAUUCCUCGUGUUGCAUGUAUUAACCUGAUGUUGCGGCUACUUCUGCUGAGUGCUCUAGUUCUCCAGGGAAUUUGCACCGAUCCCGAGGAGGCCGAGGGGGUAAAAUACGCCAGCAAAUGUGAAGUCUGCAAGGUAGUAGCUCACGAGCUCGAGUCGAGGCUCGCUGAGACUGGUAAGAGUCACGAUGUCCUGGAGAUCGGCUACGCCGUGGACGAUGUCAAGCCGAAGAAGAAGAAAGAGUACAGAAAAUCAGAAUUGAGAUUACUAGAAUCCCUGGAGAAUGUCUGUGAAAGAAUCCUCGAAUACAACAUCCACAAGGAACGGACGGACAGCACGAGAUUCGCCAAGGGUAUGAGCGAAACAUUCCAGACUCUUCACGGUCUAGUUGAUAAAGGAGUCAAGGUGGAUUUGGGAAUCCCAUAUGAACUCUGGGACAAGCCCUCGGCGGAGAUUACGAACCUGAAGACUCACUGUGAAAAUUUAUUAGAGAAUCAUGAGCCUGAUGUUGAAGAGUGGUACUUUAAUCACCAAGGAAAAGUUCCGUUAAUAGACUACUUGUGUGCGGAGAGAGCUCUAGCUGGUGAGGACGAUUCGUGUCUGAAGGAAAAGGGUGACAUAGGUCACUCAAAACCUGCGGAGAAGAAGCCAAAGAAGAAGAAACAGAAGAAGACGGAGGCCAAGAAAUCAGAUGAGAAGGAUAGUGCCGUUAAACAAGAACUCUAAUAUUUUUUGUGAUUCAAUCCAACAAAUUUUAACGAAAGUCUUACCAUAAAAGCCAUAUGUGAAUGCACACAUGAACAAAUUGAAUAAAAAACCCCAGCACUUUCUUUAAAAAAUUCUAUUGAAUUUCUAUUGGAACUCUAUAAGAAU